AUGGGCAUCAUGCCAACUGACCAAAAGAAGAAGCUGUUAUGGGGGAGUAAGAAGAGCAUAGGUACCGAAGAGGAUGGUCUUAAAGGGGCGAAAACAGCGGUUGAUAAGCGGCUGUCGUACGGUGAUGUUAUCGCUAGUAGUUUUAGGGACCCCAACUUGCAUUUUGUUGAGUCUCCUGCCCUUGCUUCACCAAAAGUGGAAAUUGACAUUGCUGCUCAACAACAGCAUGAGCCAGAAUUUGCUGUACCUGCAAGCCAGCCACUUUCGGAUGAUGAUGAUGAUGCUUUUGAAUAGAGAGAGUCUAUAAAAUCUGAAUGCUUUUGUUGAAUUUGAAAAGGGUUUUGUGUUGUGGAUUUUUGGGUUAUUGAGUAUUAUGAUAUGAUGAUAUGAUGAUGUCUGAAUGGUUUAAACAACUUUUGGUAGGAGAUGAUUUGUUUGG